GAAAAAAUUCAUCCUCCAGGUGUCCUAAAGAAAAGGAAAAAAGAAAUCCAAAAUAAAUUCUCUCUCGCUUCCCGGGAAGAAACUCGUGAAUUGACCAGAAAAACUUGCUCCAAAUUUCCUUGAACGGAGAGAAAUGGAUUAUACGAAGAUCGGGAAAAGGUUUCAGGGGAAGGUGGCAAUUGUCACUGCUUCAACUCAGGGUAUCGGCUUCCAAAUCGCCGAACGUCUCGCCGUGGAAGGUGCCUCCGUUGUUAUAUCUUCCCGCAGACAGAAAAAUGUAGAUGAGGCAGUUGAAAAACUCAAAGCUCGAGGACUUGAAGUGUCCGGGGUUGUUUGUCAUGUGUCAAAUGCACAGCAAAGGAAGAACCUUGUAGAAAAGACUAUUCAGAAAUAUGGGAAAAUAGAUGUAGUUGUAUCAAAUGCAGCUGUCAAUCCAUCAGUAGAUUCCAUUUUGAAAACUCAAGAAUCUGUCCUUGACAAGCUGUGGGACAUAAAUGUUAAAGCUUCGGUCCUACUUUUGCAGGAAGUAGCUCCUCACUUGCAGAAAGGCUCUUCAGUUGUUCUCAUUUCCUCCAUUGAAGGAUACCAGCCUUCUGCCUUGUUGGCCAUGUAUGGGGUGACAAAAACAGCUCUUCUUGGACUGACUAAGGCUCUCGCAGCAGAGAUGGCCCCCGACACUCGUGUAAACUGUGUCGCCCCUGGUUUCGUACCGACGCACUUUGCUGAUUUCCUCACGUCUAAUGAUGCCAUUAAGAAGGGCGUUGAGGCAAAGACCUUACUCAAUCGGCUUGGUACGACCGAAGACAUGGCUGCAGCCACUGCCUUCCUGGCAUCGGACGACGCUUCAUAUAUCACAGGUGAAACUCUAGUGGUGGCUGGGGGGAUGUCUUCCAGACUCUAGAUCUAGUUAUUAAACUAGUAUUGGAGGGGGUUGUUGGUUUUCCUUCCCAGUUAGGAACUCAGAAAUAAGCGUCAAUAAGCCUUUUUCCCUUUAAUAGCUACAGUAAAAAAUCUUAAAUAUGUCGAUAAAUUUUCAAGUUAUAUUUACGUUAGUCCUGUUUUACUUACCAAGAAUCGGAAUGAAAAUUUAAGAAACGGAAUCAGAAUUCUUUGUUUA